GGUCACGUCACGUGAUUUUAACAAUUCCUCUUCACUAAAUGGUGGAUAAUACGGAUAAUAGAAUUCUCCAUACCAACUGACUCUAAUAAUAGCUGCUUCGUACAGAUGUACAAAUGACGUAAAGUUUUAAAAUAUAGCGCCAACAUGUCAGAAAGGCACCGCCGGGUGCUGCCGACAUGGAUGGCGAAGAAGGAAGACGACGUGAAAAAGGAGCCGCUGAAGAGCAGGAGAAGACAGAAAACUACACGGGCUGCUUUCUACUGUAUGAACGAGAAGGAGCUGGUAGAGGCAGCUGUUUCAUAUCUUUCCAACGCUGCCUGCCCGGACGUUGAUCUCCUGACUGACCAAAAGGUUGAAGACAAGGCAGUAGAUACCCCUGUGAAAAUAAGGGAGAACACUGCCACUUCCAAGGCGAUAGCAAAGCUGGGGACUUUAGAGGAGGAGUCCUCAGACUGCAAUGAUGCCCCGGAGAAGACGUAUGUUUCAGAAACGGACUCAGACAUUACAGAGGUGGAAACAGUGCCGUACACUAGGAGCCCGCAGCAUCAGGGACCUGGGGGUCAGAGGUCAGCAUCAGUAAAGGAUCAUGCUGGUCUUGUGAAUGUUGGACUGGACGCUGAGGUAAAAGAGGAGCACUCACAGAUGCAAGCGGAGGAAGAUGAUGCUAUGCGGCUUGUGCGAGAAAUCUUUUUCACCUGACCACUGAAAUUGAGAGAACUGAUCCUUUAGUUGAUGUCACUGACAGGGAUGUAACAUUUGGCACAACUCCUCAGACAGUGGAUGGAAUGACUGAUUCCUUAAAGUUUUUCCUUUAAGUUCCCAAAGUUUUUGCAUCAACAUGAGGUGUAUACUUCUGACUGCAGCAUCUAAAAUCCAAUUUUCUGUGAGAAAACGUAAUUAAGCAUCAUAGUGUGUUAAUGGAGUUUCUACCGUGUAUCCUUUACAUCCCACCGUAUUGUUACACUGUCUGUAUGUAUGUACAUACGUGAAUGAAUGGAAAUUCUUUUAACACAGAUAACGUGGUAUUUUGUUUUGUAUAGUUUAAACUAGAUUUGUGAAAAAAUAACACUUCACUGAAAGCUUAAACCAGAAAGCCAAAAAUGUAUGUUAUUCUUUGAUAACUAAUGUGAAACUGACAGCAGCUGUGGUAAUGUUAAAGUUCACCACCCAGAGUUGUAGUAGUUAGAGAGAUAUGCUUCAAGCAGAAGACUAGUGCUUGCAUGAGCAAAAGUACUGAAAACUUGAAACUGAGUUUUUAUUUCAUACACACCAUACUUUAGUGUAGUAUUCGACUGUUGCCUUUUUGUAUCCAGGUAUUCUGCUGAUGUCACCACAGCUUAAAGAGGCACAUUGAUAUU